AUGGCAGUUAAUGGAACUGUAAAUAGCACACGCAAAGAUUUCUCAUCAAAAAUUACAAAUAAUUUAAAAUGUCUGAAUGGGAAUAAAAAUGGAUUUGUGAAUCAUUUUAAAAAUAAAGAAAUUAACGUUGAAGUUCAGGAAAAUUGCAAUGGAUUUUUACAACAAAAACUUUCCAUUAACAGUGUACAAGAAAAGAAAAAAAAAAUGGAAAAACCUAAGGAUAGAGAAUCAUUUGAAGAAGUUCCCUUGUACACUGCUGUUAUGACUUAUUUAGGUUUUUAUAUUCUUAUGAUUUUAGGGUAUAUUAAUCAAUUAUUUUUUACACCAAAAGUUGCUGUUGAAAAACACAGAGAUGGUUAUGUUCCUUUAUAUGAUGCAUUUGAAAAGUUUUACAUGAGAUAUGUUUACAGAAGGGUUAGGGAUUGUUGGAAUCAACCGAUUUGUAGUGUGCCAGGAGCAGAAGUCGUACUAAAAGAUAGAGUCACUCAUGAUUAUGGGUGGAGUUUUCAAUUUACAGGAACGGAAACUAAGUGCCUAAAUUUGGGGUCAUAUAAUUAUUUAGGUUUUGCCGAAUCUUCUGGCCCUUGUGCAGAAGCAGCAAAAGAAGCACUUUUACAAUAUGGUGCAGCACUUUGUUCACCUGUACGUGAAUAUGGAACAACUCCUUUACAUAUUGAAUUAGAAAAGACUACAGCAAGGUUUCUCGGAGUCGAGGAUGCCAUUGUUUUCGGCAUGGGGUUUGCUACUAAUUCUCUUAAUAUUCCAUGUCUAGUCAGUUCUGGCUGCUUGGUUUUGAGCGAUGAAAAAAACCAUGCUAGUUUAAUUUUAGGAUUGAGAUUAUCAGGAGCCUCAAUUAAGGUUUUCAAACACAACAAUAUGAAAUCUUUAGAAAAAGUCAUUCGUCAAAGUAUUAUUGCGGGUCAACCCAAAACUGGUGAACCAUGGAAAAAAAUUCUAAUUGUUGUGGAAGGAGUUUUCAGCAUGGAGGGCUCUAUUGUACAUCUUCCCGAACUGUUAAGAAUCAAAAAAAAGUACAAAGCUUAUUUAUAUUUGGAUGAAGCUCAUAGUAUUGGAGCUUUAGGAGAAAAUGGUAGAGGUGUCGUAGAUUACUACAAUUGUGAUCCUAAAGAUGUGGACGUAUUGAUGGGGACAUUUACAAAAAGUUUUGGUUCGGCUGGUGGCUACAUAGCCGGUUCAAAGAAACUUAUCGAUUACAUACGUUUAAAUAGUCAUGCGGGUUGUUACGCGAGUAGUAUGUCUCCACCGAUUGCCGCACAAAUUUUAUCUUCAAUGAAAAUUAUAAUGGGUGAAGAUGGAACAAACGAAGGGGCUAGAAGAAUAAAACAACUGGCAAAAAAUACGCAAUAUUUUAGAAAACGACUCAGACAAAUCGGUGUCAUCACGUACGGAAAUGAAAAUUCACCCGUCGUUCCCCUUCUCGUUUACAUGUUUUCAAAAAUUGGAGCCGUGGUAAGAACUCUUAAACGGAAAAAAAUAGCAACCGUUGGAGUCGGAUUUCCAGCAACUCCACUCAUGGAAGGACGAAUUAGAUUUUGCUUAUCCGCGGGUCACACUAAAAAACAAUUAGAUUACGCAUUAGACAUUAUCAGCGAUAUCUCUGAUAAGCUAGGUUUAAAGUAUUCCAGAUUACCCAAACCCGAAGAGCCUGUGUUAUACGAAACUGAUAAUGAAAUUGAAUAG